UAUCAAAUAUCAAUUUGCCACCGACGCUGGAAAACCCAAACGAAAACCCACCCCGUGUUCGCGUGUUCCCUGCCUUAGCGCGGCGGCGAUCCUCCUUGCGGCGAUCCUCCGUGUGGCGAACCUCCUUGCAGCGAUCCUCUUGCGGCGAUCUAGCAGCGUUCUUCCCUGUCGCGAAGACAUCCACACUCGCGAACUCUUUUCCCCUUCGCGAAGAGCCCUAGCGGCUUCCCCCUCGGAAGGCGUCCCACUAGCAAACAUUCCCCACUCCUCUUCUUGAAAAGCCAAGGCAAGAUGGGGAAGAAGCAACACAGUAAAGAUCGGAUGUAUAUAACAAAAACUGAGUGGGCAACUGAGUGGGGUGGUGCCAAAUCUAAAGAUAACUCUUUACCCUUCAAACAAUUACCCUUUUACUGCUGCUCGCUUACUUUCUUACCAUUUGAAGACCCAGUUUGUACUUCUGACGGCAGUGUGUUUGAUCUGAUGAGUAUAGUCCCUUAUAUCAAGAAAUAUGGUAAGCAUCCUAUUUCUGGAGCUGCUCUCAGAGAAGAAGAUCUAAUUCCUCUUACUUUCCACAAGAAUCCUGAUGGGGAAUACCAGUGCCCAGUUCUUAACAAAGUUUUUACAGAAUUUACACAUAUAAUCACUGUUAAAACUACAGGAAAUGUUUUCUGUUAUGAGGCGAUUAAAGAAUUAAACCUCAAAACAAAAAACUGGAAAGAGUUGCUUACAGAUGAGCCGUUUACUAAGGAUGAUUUAAUAACAAUCCAGAAUCCCAAUGCACUCGAUAGCAAGGUUCUGUCUGAUUUUGAUCAUGUUAGAAAUAAUCUGGCAGUUGAUAAUGAAGAUUUGAAGAAAAUGAGUGAAGAUCCAACCUACAACAUUAAUAUAUCUGGUGAUAUUAAGCAAAUGCUUCAAGAACUAGGAACUGAAAAGGGGAAGUUGGUUGCACUGCAUGGCGGAGGUGGAGAAAAGGCAAAAAAAGAACGAGCUGCUGCACUAUCUGCUAUUCUAGAAUCAAGAUCGCGUGUGAAAGAAGAUUCACAAUCUGGUGCAAAUGGAGACUCCAAACCUGUUCAGUCCUUUAGCAUUGUAGAUGUUGCAUCUGCUUCUGUUCAUGGGAGAAGUGCAGCUGCAGCAAAAUCAGCUUCUAGUGAUAAGACAACUGCUCGAAUUGCUUUGCACAUGGCAGGUGAACGGGUGCCUGUAAAUGCUAAGCUUGUUAAAAGCCGUUUUACCACUGGUGCUGCCUCGCGUUCAUUCACCUCUACUGCUUAUGAUCCAGUUACACAAAACGAAUUCGAAUAUGUCAAAGUUGAAAAGAAUCCAAAGAAGAAAGGAUAUAUUCAGUUGCACACAACCCAUGGAGACUUAAAUCUAGAGCUACAUUGUGACAUAACUCCCAGAGCAUGUGAAAACUUUAUUACACAUUGUGAAAACAGUUAUUAUAAUGGUGUAGCUUUCCACCGCAGCAUUAGGAAUUUCAUGAUUCAAGGAGGUGAUCCCACAGGUACUGGAAGGGGAGGACAGUCCAUCUGGGGUAAGCCUUUCAAAGAUGAGUUGAAUUCAAAAUUACUACACUCAGGAAGGGGUAUUCUCAGCAUGGCCAACAGUGGACCCCAUACCAAUGGUUCCCAGUUCUUCAUUCUUUACAAGUCAGCCAGCCAUUUGAAUUUUAAGCACACAGUGUUUGGUUCUGUUGUUGGUGGUUUGAACACGCUUACUGCAAUGGAAAAGGUUCCUGUUGAUGAUGAUGAUAGGCCUAUGGAGGAGAUAAAGAUAACAAGUGUCACCAUUUUUGUAAAUCCUUAUACUGAGCUAGACGAAGAGGAAGUGAAGGCUGAAGAGGAAAAACACGAUCAAGAAAAAGAUAAGGUAGGUUCAUGGUACAGUAAGCCAAGCGUUGGAGUGGCUGGUUCUAUAGGUGUCCCUGGCGGUAUCGGCAAGUACCUCAAAACAAAGACCUCCACAUCCACUGAUUCUUCAGCUGCCAAUGUUGCAAGAUCAGAUGACUCAACCAAGAAGAGAAAAGUAGAGGCCUCAAAUGUAGAGUUCAAGAACUUCUCUAACUGGUAAAGAUAUUCAUGUACCAGAUUAACGACUAGCCUUAUGCUGAACUUGCAUAGUUUUAUUCCUCGAUUGAUCUUUCAUGUCGACAUGAGAGUUUCACCUAGCAUGUAUCAGUAGUUAUAUGUUUGUAUGACAAAUGAAAUUUCCCCUUAGUUCUGAUCACCUGUAUUCCAUCAAAUAUUUCAUCAAGGCUAUCCUGACCAUGAUCUCAAGAUUGAUUUCA